AUGGUCAAACACGUCACAGGGCGGAGCGCCUUCUUCUCGUAUUACGGAUACGGCUGCUACUGUGGGCUUGGGGGCAAAGGGAUCCCUGUGGACGACACUGACAGGCACAGCAAGACUGACUCACCGUCUCCCUACGAGAAGCUGAAGGAGCUCGGCUGCCAGCCUGUGCUGAACGGCUACCAGUUCCACAUCGUCAAUGGGACGGUGGUCUGCGGAUGUGCCCUCGGUCCUGGUGUCGGCUGCCUCUGCGGACUGAAGGCCUGCGAGUGUGACAAGCGCUCCGUGCGCUGCUUCAAAGAGAGCCUGCCCACCUACGAGAAAAACUUCAAGCAGUUCUUCUCUGGCCGGCCCCGGUGUGGCAGGCGUAAGCCCCGCUGCUAG